GCGAGGACGUCAGGGAGAGGCGGUGUUUCGCGCCGGCGCCGGCCCCGGCGCAGCCAUGGUGGACGCGGCUUUGGAAGCCGUGCGGAAGGAGUUACGAGAAUUCCCGGCCGCUGCAAGGGAGCUCAGUGUGCCUCUUGCUGUGCCCUACCUGGACAAGCCCCCAACUCCGCUCUGCUUCUACCGGGACUGGGUCUGCCCCAACAGGCCGUGCAUCAUCCGCAACGCUCUGCAGCACUGGCCGGCCCUGCAGAAGUGGUCCCUCCCCUAUUUCAGAGCCACAGUGGGCUCCACGGAGGUCAGUGUGGCUGUCACCCCAGACGGUUACGCGGAUGCUGUGAGAGGGGACCGCUUCGUGAUGCCAGCUGAACGCCGCCUGCCCCUGAGCUUUGUGGUGGAUGUGCUGGAGGACCGUGCCCAGCACCCGGGAGUCCUUUAUGUGCAGAAGCAGUGCUCCAAUCUGCCCACCGAGCUGGCCCAGCUGCUGCCUGAUCUGGAAUCCCAUGUGCCCUGGGCCUCCGAAGCCCUGGGAAAGAUGCCCGACGCUGUGAACUUCUGGCUGGGGGAGGCAGCUGCGGUGACUUCUUUGCACAAGGACCACUAUGAGAACCUCUACUGUGUGGUCUCAGGAGAGAAGUAUUUCCUGUUACAUCCGCCCACUGACCGGCCCUUCAUCCCCUAUGAGCUGUACACGCCGGCAACGUACCAGCUGACUGAAGAGGGCACCUUUAAGGUGGUAGAUGAAGAAGCCAUGGAGAAGGUCCCCUGGAUCCCACUGGACCCCUUGGCGCCAGACCUAGCCCGGUACCCGAGUUACAGUCAGGCCCAGGCCCUUCGCUGCACGGUGCGGGCCGGUGAGAUGCUCUACCUGCCGGCUCUGUGGUUCCACCACGUCCAGCAGUCGCAUGGCUGCAUCGCAGUGAAUUUCUGGUAUGACAUGGAAUACGACUUCAAGUAUAGUUACUUCCAGCUCCUCGACUCCCUCACCAAGGCUUCAGGCCUCAACUGAUGGAGCCCUGGUGAACUCAGCCAAGCACGCCUCAGGGGAAGGGGCCUGUCCCUCCCAGCCGGGUCAAUUCUUGAGACAGCCUAGAGCGUGCAUGCUGGCUGCUGGCCCAGGGUGCAGCGUGGCUUGGGGUCAACUUUGGCGGAUCUUGGAAUGCGGUCAGGAGGACCUGAGGUGCCAGGCAGGUCUGGGUGAGGGCUCUCGGGACUUUGCCACAUAGGCAGUGGGUAGUGGAGCAGGGCUUAGGUGUAGCGGCACCUCCACCUGUGCUGUGUGAUGUUGGGCAAGUCACUGCGUCUCAGGGCAGUGGUGUCCUUCAGUAAACUGAUAACAGUGGCUCUGCCUCUCAGGGCUGUUGUGGGCUUGGAGAUGAUGUCUGUGAGGACCAGCAUGGGGCUGGCACACAGCACUUGUUGAAUAAAAGGUAGCUGUGA